AUGCGCUUGUUUUUGCUCAGCCUAUUGGCCCUGGGUGCGCAUGCUCACGCCCCCAUAGCCUAUCGGACUAAUUUGCUGGCCUAUGCGCCGGCACGAGGUGAAUUUGCCGUGGACAGUGGCUUGGCUCAGGGCUACGUGCGGUAUUUGGAUAAUACAGGGGCAGAGCGUCUGGUGGCCUACAAGUAUCCGGAACCCCUAUACGGCAUCCGUCGUCUGAGCUAUGGCAAUGAGGACAUUUUGAAUCCGUUGCUGCGCAGCAGCUUCUCUCCAGCUUCUAUUAGUCCCGAACAAGCUGCUCUCUUCCGUGCCUGGUGCGAGCAACGCUACAAUGCGCUUAAAUUGGAGCUGGAUCGUCUGAAAGCCGAGGGCAAGCAGCCAUCGGCCAAUAUGUUGGCACAGUUCGAGCCACUCGAAAAAAUUGUGAAGACAAACGCAUACGAAGCUGUGCCUGGACUCAGUCCUGAGGUUCAGCGGGCACGUGACGAACACUUGCGGAUGUGGAACGAGGCGCGCUUGCAGGUGUUGCGCGCUGAGCAAGAACAGCAACGCUUGACCCAGGAUCAGCUGCAGUAUGGAGGCGAGUUUGGAACGGAACUCAAGCAACCGAUCAAGCCCGAAGAGCAACAGUUGCUAGUGAAAACUACUCCGCUUACUUAUGAAGAGCUUAAAAAGCAGCAAGAUGGACCUCUGCCGGUGCAGGAGACCCCUGAAGUGUUGCGAGCACGCGAGGAGCAUCUGAAGCAGUUUAAUGCCGCCCUGCAGCGUCAGCCAGUCCUGUCCGAGGCCCCCGUGCCCAUUUUGAAGGCCGUUCCAGGAAUUCAGCAGCCUCUGCAACCGAUUGCGCCUGCACUACUCAGCGCAGACUCCAAGCCGAUUAUAAAGACUACUCCCAUAUUUGCUACUCCUUUAAAGAAUUACGAAGGACAGCCGUCUCCGGUACCUGUGGAGGAGACGCCAGAAGUUAAACGCGCUCGUGAGGAGCAUCUGAAAAAAUACAACGAGGCUGUGCAGCAACAGCAGAUGGCUCCCCAGCAACAGCAACCCAUUGGCCAAGUCUAUGCGACGCAGCCCAUCGCCAUCAAGUCCAUAUUCGAUGUACCUGGAACACAGCAACCACAGCCCGUACAGGAUACACCCGAAGUUGUACGUGCUCGCGAGGAGCACCUGAAAAUACUCAAACAGGCCAAGCUGCAGGCUCAGGACAAAGUGGACGACAUUGCGGACUUGAUACGUUACGAGGAAAGAGAACGUGACUCCGAGCGGUUGCUCGAGAUCGAGCAACGUCGUAAGGAAGAGAAGGAGGCGCAGCUGGAACGUGAGCGUGAGGCGGAACGCUUAAGGGAAGAGACACGUUUGCUUGAAUCUGAGCGCAUUGCACUGCAGCAGCAGGAGGAACAGCGACGCGAGAGCGAGCGUUAUGAGGAGGCGCAACGCCUCAAAGCUGAGCAGCAGGAGCUCCUCAAAUACAAGCCAGGUGGUGUCAUUUACAGCAGCCCAAGUCCCUUGGAGUCUCAGAAAAUCGACAGCAGUAGAUUUAAGCUGAUUGCGCCCACUGCUUCCAUCGCCAAGCCUCUACCGCAGCAGCAGCAACAAAAUGGUUUCUUCCUGCGCAUACAGUCCAAUCAGCCUGCCACUUCGGCGAGCUACGCGCCCAGCAGUGCAGCCUAUUUGAUUGCGGAGCAGAACCCCUUCCUGCUGCGUUACAUCCAGCAGCAGAGUGAGCUGAAGCCGGCCGCCUUGCCCCUGACCGACAUUCAAACGCAACUGAAACAAUCCAUCCCCACCAGCGGUUCCAUCUACAACGCUGGCGGUUUCAGUGAACUGGACAAGGCGACACGUGAGCAUUUCCGGGCACAUGAGAUCGCUUUGGAGCAGCUGCGUCAGGCGAAUGCCAAGAAGCCCUGGAGCCCCGAUUGCAACUAA